CAAGCGUCGAAGGCAUGCACAGGAUGUUUCUCCGCCACCUGAAACGGGCGGCGUCCUGCGCGAAGAAAGAUUGGCGAUUGUUUGCUACGGUUUCACCCUUUGAUAGUUCCGAUUGGCAUGACGCCUGUUCAGAGGUAGGACAUCUAAUUGAGGAAAGCCUCGCAAUGGUUCCAGGACUGAAGAGCGAAGAUACAUUGACAGCCGUCCGUCAACUGUUUGAUAGAAAAGACUUGCCCCACGCAGCUGUUGGCACGCUGAGCAACAUGGUCUCAACUGUCCGUGGAAACAGAAGCCACGGAAGCCUCAUGUCCAUGUUCUUCGAUAUAACGCCACCUUGCACAGGGAAUUCUGCAGACGAACUGAAGGCAACUAAAAGGCACAUGGUGGCGGCUACGCGAAUGUGUCACGCAUUUCAGAUGUGCCACGAUGCCGUUGUGACGACAGGUGCCAUGAAACACGAAGAAACUGAGAACGAACAAUUAAUCACUCUCAACAAGUUAAUGACUUUGGUAGGAGAUUUCUUCAUCGUCAACGCCGCCAAAUUGAUCACCGACUUUCGAGACAAUGAGAUACUUUACACGUUUGCGAAAGGCUUGGAGUUCUGCUCGUCCUGUGACUUCAACGAACCACCUGGAGAUGGAGUAUCAGUAUUAUGGUGGGAGGAGCAUAACACAGAAAAACAUUUUCUGUUCAUCAGCAUGCUGGAGAUAGCGCUCUUGCUCAAAGGAACCCGUUGUGAAGAAGCGCGCCGAAUGACUCGUCUAUUCGGAAGGAACCUUGUGCUUGCUCUUCAGGCGAGCCAGGACACUGAAUACUUCAUGGACCAUUCAAAUGACUUGUCGUAUGUAAAUGUAACAUGCCUGCCCAUGAUACUGAUGAGCGAUCAGAGAUGUGCCGACUGCGAAGGGAUAACCACUAGGGACUCACCAAAAAGCCUAGACUGUACAGUCGUGAGGUCCCGGAGUGUGCAACAAAAAUAUGUGUCGUUUCUUUUGGAAUACUUGGAGAACUGUGAAGCAUCACAAGAGAAAGUUUCAAUGAUUAAAGUUGUGCAAUCACUAUCGUGACAUACAGGGUACGAAGGAAGUAAAGUGCAAGGCAGUGAAGACUGAACCAAGGAUAUCAUUGUGAACUUCGGACUCCGAUUUAUUGGCGUCAAUUUCAACCCAUCUACCUCGCUCCUUCUCUAACUGUGCAAAAACUUCAUAGUUCCUCAGGACAUUCUCCUGGAAUUCUGAUCGCUCGUAUCGCUCGCUGCCAAAUUUACCCCUGCGAGCCACAACGUCAGCAGAUGCUGAAAGGUACAGCAAGAGGUCUGGUUCGGGCAGCCCAACGUCGCAUUGCUGACACCACUUGAAGUCCAGUGACUUAGAGGCUGAAAAUGCGACACCAGAGUAUGCGUAACGAUCCGCAAUAAUCGUUGUGCCUUUUCCGAGCUCUGACAGUAUUCUGGGUGCAGCCUCCCAUCGAUUUGCAGAAAAUAGGAGGUGCACAGCAUGAUCUUCUAGAGCAGUUUUGCUUUUUAGAUACUGGUCCAGGAGAUGUCCCGUCUCUGUUUCACGGUUAGGAAAAGCAAUGUUCUCCACUGUGUGCCCUGCUUUUCUGAGUGCUUCUGAGAGGAGCCUUGCCUGUGUUGAUUUACCAGUGUGAUCGCAGCCUUCAAACACAAUAAAGAGUCCACGUUGUAUUGA